CAUAAUCAUGGUCUUAACUCAUGAAUAAAAAAAUAUAUAUGACGCCAAGUUGACAAGUUGGCACUAUGGUUUUGAUUUAAGUUGUUCUACUGUCAAGAAUAAUUUAAUAUUACUGAAAUUGUGAUGGAAUCGGACUCUGCUCUUCCUGGUGAUAUCUCUGCCGAUGGCGGGGAAGUGUCCGCUUUAGCUGAAAGCCAUUCAGAGGAAGCUGUUGCUGAUAUAGAAGAAAAUAAUGUAACUAGUCAGGAUUCUGAAGCAGCUACUGCAGAGGAUUCAGUGGUGAAUGGUGUUCCUCCCACAAGCAGCAGUGGUGUUUUGGAUAUUGAGUCUGGUGGUCAGUCUUUGGGAGGUGUUGAGGACCAGCCUUCUGCUGAACAAGCGAAUGCAGAAGAGGAAAUGGAUAUUGAUGAUACAACUGCUGGAACUGUAGCUGAUGAGUCUGCUUACAUUGGCGACAACUGCUUGUCUACACCAGCAGUCACAGAAGACAAUUCACCGCAAGACACAGACAAUCUGGACCCUCUGAUGAAAGAGCAGGGUUUGGACGAGACAGAGGGCGGUGAAGCUGCUUCAGAGGAAUCUCCUGAUCAGUCAAUAAGUUCAGCCAUGCCUAUUGAUAGCGGCAUGUGUGAGGGUGAUGGUGCUCCAAUUGCCCAAGACGAUGAAUCAAGUACAAUGGAUGAAGAUAUGGGUGGAGGAGAAGGCGUGGCAAGUAGUGAUGACGUGAAUGACAUCAGCAGCGCAGCGCAAGCUCUUAGCACUGGGAUAAGUUCAAGUACAGCGGAGGGCGGCGCUGAUAUUUCCAGCAGCGGACAGGGUGAAGCCACUCUUAUAUCCUCCACGGCGAACGGUCCGGCAGUACUGCACUCCUUCUCCAUGACCCCUCAACAACAGCAUGCCAAUGAGUAUCUGAAUUUCCUGUCCUCCAGGUUCGGGGACGCAGACACCUCGGAGAUGGAGGGCGCCGCUGACACCAUGCCCACGGUCAGCGAGUCUAUGCCGCUGUUGACUAUGACCGCUAAUGGCUCGGCACUUUUGUCUCCGACUAUAUUGCAGGGCGAGGAAGGUGGCGCGGGCGGCGUGUCGUCGUCAGUGGCGGCGGAGGAGGGCGGCGCGGGCGACGCGGACGGCGCCGUGAGCAGCUCGGGCGGGAACGGCGCGCCGCCGCUGCCGCCCGCCGACGCCGCGCACGCGCUCGCCACGCUGGCCAGCGCUGCGCUGCACCACCACCAGGACCAGAAUGAAUCAGAUGAACCAAAGCAGCAAAGUGAUGAAGACGCCUGGUAUACUGUUGGUAUCGUCAAGGGGACAACAUUCACGGUACAAAACUAUAUAUCGGAUCCGAACGUUGAUCUAUCUACUCUUUCAUUGGACAACCUCCCAGAGCUGGCGGGACUACCGACCACGCCUUUGGAACACGGCACCGCCUACAAAUUCCGGAUCGCAGCGAUCAACUCUUGUGGCCGGGGCGAGUUUAGUGAAGAAUCAGCAUUCAAGACAUGUCUCCCGGGCUUCCCCGGUGCGCCGUCCGCCAUCAAGAUCUCCAAGUCGUUGGAGGGCGCCCACUUGUCGUGGGAGCCGCCGCAAGUCGCCGCCGAGGGAAUAUUCGAGUACUCUGUCUACCUCGCCGUCCGCUCCAAUACACAACCAAAGGAGGUGGCUAAAUCGCAACUGGCAUUCGUCCGAGUAUACUGUGGCAAGGCGAACACGUGCGUGGUGCCGCAGUCGUCGCUGAGCGCGGCGCACGUGGACUCCAGCACGAAGCCCGCCAUCAUCUUCCGCAUCGCCGCCCGCAACGAGAAGGGCUACGGGCCCGCCACGCAAGUCAGGUGGUUGCAAGAUAUAAAGACUGGAGUGAAAAGAGCAGGAGAUACCCGAUUACCUGGCGCGUCUCCUUCCAAGCAGCCUAAACAAGUAUUGCAUUAAGUGUUCAAAUCCUCUGACAAUUUGACGAUUUUAAUUAUGUACAGACUACAGAUGACUAAUUGUAUGUUCGCCUAUACGGUUAGUAAAUGUUUAUUUCAAUUAUUGUCAUUAAAUGAAAUCCAGUGUUCUAGUAGUAAAUCGCCUUCUCAUUUAGAUUGUAUGAAAUAUGUUCGGUAAUAAAAUAUAUAUUUGUAUAUCGUCUUAAUGUUACGGACAUAUUGCGGAACGACUGAGGUAUCGAGUGUAGUACACUAGGUUAAGGAGCGUGUGAUGGAUGCAUUGCAUAUGUUGUUUAAAAUAAUAUCUGACCUGAAUAAAAUAUACAUUUUUACA